AUGAUUUUUAAAAUUAAAAUUAUUUUAUUUAUAUUUUUAUUAAUUUUAAAUUAUCUAAUAGAUUUUAAUAAUGGAACAAUUAUAAAAGAAGAUGGUGAUUAUUUAUUUGGAUUAUUAUCAGAUAUUGUUUAUAUGCCAAAAUCAACAAAUACCAAUAGUGAACAAUAUAAAUACAUUUCAUUAAAUGGAGAAUGUAUGGAGUGGAAAAUAAUAUUAGAUCAUAGUAGAAUUAUGAUAUUUCAAUCGAAAUUUAGUAAUAAUUUAAUAGUUUCUUUUAGAGGUACACAAGGAUUUUCAGAUAUUAUUACAGAUAUUAAAAUUGUACCAACAACAUGUAAUAUUACAAGUGGAUGUGGUAAACUUCAUUAUGGAUUUCAACAAGAGUAUUACGAAACUUAUGAUAUCCUCUUAUCAAUUAUUAAAUCACUAGAUCAACCAUAUGAUAUCUAUUUCACCGGUCAUUCACUAGGCGGUGCAUUGGCAUUGAUUGCCGCCUAUGAUUAUACAGUGAAUCAAAGACAAAAACAAAAAUACAUUAAAUCAAUCCACUGUGUUACUUUUGGUCAACCGGCUGUGGGCGAUGAGCAGUUUUCCAACAGUUUGAUGUUUUACUCCCAAAGAUUCCAAUACCGUCGUUAUGUAAAUUAUAAUAGUAAAACGGCCAUACUCGGUCUAUCACCUCAAGAAGAUCCCAUCCCAAAUUCAAUAUUCUCACACCCAACCAAUGCCAUCAUGUUGGACUGCUUAAAAACCAGGUGUCCAAUGGUACCACUGGGUUUACAUUUCAUGGAUUUAUAUUUGGGUAAUGUUUUUAAUCAACAUUAUUCGGAAUGUAGUUCAAAUUGUAAAUUUGAAGAAUCCAAUGCAAAUAUUUAUAAAUAUCAGUCCUACAAAUGUCCAAUAAAUAAGGAGUCUUUAAUCAAGGGAUCAUUCAAUCCACAAGGUAUCAUGCCUGAUAAAUAUUCUGUGUGUCUAUUCACUUCAGCUCAAGAUUUCGAUCAAUAUGAAUAUAAACAAUCAACUGAUUGUAAUUUGAAAUCAGGUACAAAUUCAAAUGCAACUUCAAUUAUAAUUAAAAAAACAUCAAAUAGAACUAUGUUUGAAAAAAAGGUAUUACAAGGCAAAGAGUUAUAUGUGGUUGUUGAAAAUCGUAAUAAUUUAUUCGCAACUUCGUCAUUCUCUUAUAAUAUCACAUUUACAAAUUCAAUUACUGCACCUUCACCACCAACAAAUUUAUCUUGUACUGUGUCAUCUUUAAAAAAUGAUACAAUUGGUAUUAUGGUCUCUUUUAACUAUCACCAAUUACCACAACACAUUUAUAGUUUAUAUAAUUUAAUUAUAUAUAGGGUUUAUUUAAGUGAAAUUGGUAAAGAAUGGUCAAAGUUUGAAUUCAUUGAAUCUGCAACAACUAAAUUUGUUUCAAAAUUUUUAAACAUUCCGAUGAAUGGAAUUUAUAGUAUUGUUGUUACUGCUGACAAUGGAGCUGAAUCACAUGCUUCUAAUUUUGCUUACAUUUUUGGUAAUUCAACAUUAAUUUAA